AUGGAUGAGCUCUGUGUGCUCGACAUUGCAGGCCUCCGACUCGAGCCAGAGCACGAUCAGCCGCUCAUCUCCGAUGGCAUCCAGACUGCAGUCAAGAAAGGCCGACCCCAGCUCGCUAUCAAUCUCGCGUUCACCGACGGGACCACACAGCGUUUCCUGCCUCCUCACCGCUGUGACAGCUUUGAAGCCGUACAGAACAUCGUCAGCUAUACGUAUCUUGAAGCGACCAGAGCGAUCCUCGCUGCACGUGGUGUUACUGCGACGAUUGAGGCAGUCACUCGCGUCGAUGUAUUCCUUGUCCCUCUUGCCAGCAAACAGGCCUCAAGUCAAGCCGUCAGCCUAAGCGUAGGUCAGCCGCAGAGCAACGGUGCCACCAUCUCUGCUAGCACGACGAGCGGUGAAUUCGAAAUCCAUUCGACGGCAUGCGGAGGCACCUUUGACCAUCUUCACUCCGGUCACAAGAUUCUCCUGACCAUGGUCGCAUUCAUCAGUGGCAAGCGCGCAAUUGUAGGCGUGACAGGCGACAAAUUGCUCAGCAAGAAGGAGAAUGCAGAGCUACUAGAGCCAAUAGAGACUCGCACUCGCAAGGUGGAAGCCUUCAUGGCCUCAAUCUCUCCUCGAUUGGUUAUCGAGACGCCCGUGCUCGACGACGUCUUUGGCCCUACAGCUACCGACCCUGACAUCCAGGGCCUCGUCGUCAGUCGCGAGACAGUCAGCGGUGGCAAAGCUAUCGAUGCUGAGCGCAAGAAGAACAACCUGGGCGGCCUGCGCACCUUCAUCAUCGACGUCAUUUCUGAGCAAGUGAGCAUGCAUGACGACAGUAGCGCAGAGGAUUUGAAGAAUCUCAAGAUCGGCAGCACCGCCAUCCGUCGAAUGCUAGCAGAGUGA